AUGCUCCGCGGGCGGGUGUCCCACGGGGGUCCCGGGCAGGUGCGGGCAGCGGAUCCCGCACCACACGGGGCUGGAGAGGGGACAGGACGGCGAGGUACGACGAACCACCCGACCGGCCGGGGGCUGCCGCGAACAUCGGGCAGCGGGGAGGGGGCGGUGCGGGACGGGUGGCGGCCGCGGGAGGGCGCGGCGGGCGCGGCGCGGCGGGAGCUGCCGCAGAAGAUGUCGGCGGGGCGGCGGUGGCCGCGGUGGCCGUGGUGGCUGCUGCCGGCGCUGCUGUGGGGCGGCGCGGCGGGGUACGUGGUGGUCAGCUCGGUGUCGUGGCCGCUGCCCGAGGCGGGGGCGGCGGCGGACGAGCUGCACAGCUCCUCCACCGAGGAGGCGCUGCCCGCGCUGCUGGAGGAGGCGGGCGGCCUCUGGAAGCAGAGCUACCCGGCCUCGGCGUACCGGGAGGAUGCGGCGCUGGGCUCCGGGCCGGCGGCGAGGCGGCCGGGGCCGGGGGCCGCCCCCUCCAGGAUGUUCUCCUACCGGCGGGAGGCCGGCGGGGCGGCGGGACGUGCCGGCACCGCCCGCCUCCUCGCCCGCCACAACAGCUGGGGCUUCGUGGCGACGCGGGCCGCCCGAGGAAAGAUCCAAGGUAUGCCCUAUGGGAACUGUUUACUUCUCAGCGAUGGUCCGGUCAAUAACAGCACUGGAAUCCCCUUCUUUUACGUGACACGGAAGGAUAACACUGUGACAGAUCUCCUGAAGAAUCCCAUGGCUUCUCUGACUCUACCAGAAACAGAUGGAAAUUUCUGCAGAAAAAAUGUAAUUGAUCCAGAGGAUCCGAGGUGCGCCAGGCUGACUCUCAUGGGACAGAUGGUUAUGGUGCCUCCGGAGGAAGUGGAAUUUGCCAAGCAAGCAGUGUUUUCCAGGCACCCAGUGGUAAGAAAGUGGCCUCGUAGCUAUGAGUGGUUCUUCAUGAAAAUGAACAUUGAGCACAUCUGGCUUCAAAGCUGGUAUGGAGAAGGUUCUGCCAUUCCAGUAGAAGAGUAUUUCAAAGCGGUUCCAAGUAAAGGGUGAUUGAAUGUGCUUUGAGAUAGAAAUCUCCUAAGUUUCCUUUCCAGACACUUUUAAAAUUUCAUGCUGGAUGAUUACUUUACAGUGAUAUUUCUUUUCUUUUCUCAAAAGGCUUCAAAAUAGCCCUGUCUGACAUAGAGCAGAGUGAAAAUAAAUCAACACAGACUUUCAAAUUAUAAAGGAGUGGUGGAUACUAGCCCUACCCUGCAAUGUACAAACUUGUCAUUUCAAGCAGGCAAUGCGUCAUCUUAAAUGCUGUUUAAAAAUGCUUUGUAUCUGUUUGUUUUGACUUCUAUUGCUGUGCACCCACAGGGAAACUACAGUAUGUGCUAAAUAUAAUAUUCUGAUUUGCAGAAAAAGCAAAUUGCCUACUCAGAACCCUCUAUGCAUUGUGGAGAUAUUACUGCUGCUUGGUCUCCUUUGAUUUGUAAGUACUCUAAGAGAAAUUUAAUAGCUGCAAAUUUAGGUAUUUAAGUUUUUAAAAAAUGUUAUGCUAUAGCUAUCCUCUUUGGUUAACUUGUAUUUUCUACAUGCGCUUUUCCCUAAUUAGAUAAUUUGAUAUUUCUCUUGGAAAUUGAGUAGAACUUCUCCAUUUUAGUAGAAAAAAUGCAAGCAGUUCAAAGAACAGAGCUCCAACAUAACUUGUCUCUCACUGACACAAAGCUGGUUAAACACAUUAAGGGCCAAAUCAAAUUGGCCCCACAAGGAUUAUCUCAAUACAAGUAUAAACAUUGUCAUAAGAAGAAUUUAAGUAAAUGUUCCCAGCUAGCCUGUUCCUGUUGAGACAGGAAAAGUAUUUUUAAUAGCCUGUAGUCCCAAUUUUUUUUGCCUCCCUUCUCCAGCUACUGCUUUAUUUUUAACUCGUUUGUGCAACUGAUUUUCUGUAAACCCUCACUAACUCACUGAGGGGUGGAGCAGUCCCUUAACUCUGUUUCCUCACCAAGAUUUAAAGGGCUUGUUCAUGCAUUUAUUUUUUUAAAAAAUUUAUUUUUUUAAAAAGAUGUUAGGUAUUUCAGGCCACAAAAAACUCAUUUUCCUAGUGUGGAAAGUGCAAACUUUGUUGCAAACACAUUAUUAAUAGGCAUCUCAUGUGAUAAUACCGAAAGAGUUAAAAGGUAUUUUAAUCACCUUCAGCCCUUUCUCUAGAUGUCCUCCUGGAAAAUUUAUUCUGCAGUUCCUAAGGGUAUCAUAGAAAGUUCCCAUGGCUAACCAGCCAAGUCACUACACAGUUUGAAAAUUAUACAACCGUUCUCUCUGUUACAUAUGAGAAAGAAAUACAUUGAGAUGGGGUAUCUGUGCAUGUGGGGAAGGUCCAUCGGCAUCCCUGGGAGUGCAGCUGAGCUCUGGACAUCAGCCCACACCACGUCUGGGCUGGGGAGGAACCUGGGUGCCUGGGCGAGUGGCCCAAGCUUGUUCAGGUUAAUCCCUGGGCAGAGCUCAGAGGCAGCUGUGUGAGCCACGAUCAGCUGGAAGCCAAUUAAGUGUAGCUGAGUUUAUUUUGGUUCAGGCAUAGAGAGAGGGAGUCAUUCCCAGAGCAGUGCUGGGCACCAUGCUCGGUUAACUACCAGGGGCCACUUAGCCCUUGGGUAAGUUCAGGGCUUCGUACAUCACUAUCAUUCCUGAUAUUCUGUAAGAAUCAAAUGCAAAGGAGAGGGGGAAAUGUUGUUUAGAUACUCACUAAGCCUUUUCCUUGUCUUACUGCCAGAGACUGUUGGCAGUGCAGAUCUUUCGCAGAGGUAAUUACACAGAAGGAGGAAGCAUCCUGCCUCAAUCUAUUUCCUUCUUUUUUUUUCUUGGCAGAUGAGUAGCAUUUUCCCAUUUGAGUUUGCCCCUGAAUCUUGCAGUGUAUAGUACUGAAGCAAAAUGGCCCAUCCUAUACAGAUGUAUAGAAUACCAUCAAGUGAAAUCCUCCUUGAUUCAUAUAAUUUUGCCAUGGAGAUCUUUGUCCACUAGGGAUUUGAUAACUUUGCCCAUUAGGAUUAAUAGGACUUUUAAAUCUGAGUUCAACAGGAAGAACACUAAACCCUGUAAGGGAAUUUCUGCAGGUGUAACAUUUCUGUAAAACUAUAAUUACAUGUUUUAUUCUCCCAGUUCACUACUGUUUCCAGAGCCUGAAAUGCCCAUUCUGACCCCCACCCCUAAACACACACACACAAAUCCAGAGUAAAAAGGUUAUGUUUAAAAAAGUUGAAGAGAGGAAGAAUUUUAUAAAUGCUGCUGUUACUAUACUCACAGUUUCACUUACGUCCCCUGGCAACAGCGACAUAGUCUUGUAUCGUAUUCAUUAACGUAUUAACUUGCUUUGAAGCAGGAAGGGAUUGUGUCAAUGUCCAAUAGAGCUUUAAUGGUUUAAGAAGUUAGUGUGUACUGAAAAAGUUUGAAUUUACAACAGCCUGCUUGCUAUAGGCUGUCUCCCUGGACACAUAGAUUAAUUGGAGUAACUUCUGUAUUGUAAAGUGACACAUUCAUCAAGAAGUGUUUCUAUACCUGCCAUGAGGCUCUUGAGAGAAGCCCAAAACAUGAAAUGCUGAUGGCAUAUAAAGUGACAAAAGGAGCUCCAUGAAGAAAUUCUGUCUUAAAUCACCUGUUCUCAUUUCAUGCUUCCUUCACCCGAGGAAUAACUACCAUAGAAGUCCUACCAUGAAAGUCUGUAGAAAUUUAUCAAAAAUAUGACCUGCAGAUUUUUAAUGGAAUUUUCCAGACCAAAACAAGGGGAGGUGAUAGAAGUUUGCUUAAUUGGGAUUUACAGUAUUAUUUAUAUGCCAGUUCCAGUUUUUCUUUUAACUGACAAAUGUCUCAAGUGAUAUUGGUCAUCACAUGGUAAGUGUUACUUGUGAAAGCUUUUAACCCAAAGAACGUUACUUGAAAUAUAAUAACAAAAUCAUAGUUCCUUAAGACUGUGGAGUCUGAUCUUGCUUCAGAUCAAGUGAAAAAUAAAAACAGCAUUUAUUAGUUGUGCUUUGAUUAUUAGAUCAAACAAGCAUUUUAUAAAAGGUCUUGAUAAGCUCUUAUGAAUUCAUUAAGCAUUUCAAUUAGCUGAUGUGUAAUUUCCAUGUGUUCUCUAUUUUAGUUAUUUCUGUAGCUUCCCCAAAAAAUCUUGUUGUGCAACAUGUUUAAAACUCUAACUGUGGUUUUGCAAUAUUUAAGUAUUGUAUUUAGUCAUUUCUGUAUACUUGCUGAAAAGAGGAAAACAAAGUUGAAAAGUUGAAUUCUCACUUUUUGCUAAUUUGUGCAAAAGUAAUGCAUGUACAGCAUUUAAGUACAGCUAGUUUGAACUGCUGUUCUUAUUUAACCAAAGAAUGCUCUGUUUCUGAUGGAAUUUUCAUAACUUCAGUGGAUGAAAUGCAACUUGUCUCAUUUCUGGAUGUGUAUGGUCAUUUGCAAUGUAUUUUGAUUUCUAAAAAUAUUGAAAGUUGUUAACAAAAUGCCCAUGGAGAAAAAAUACAAAUAAACCAAACUUAAAAGUGGAAA